AAGCAAAUAUCACAGUAGUUUGUGAAAUGCGCUGCUGAAUGUCCUUCUACGGCUCUUUGGAUGCGCAAUGUGCAUUAGUAGCUUUUGGAUGAUUCUAUGAUUUAUUGUGUUAGGUAUUUUUUUAUCCAUAAAAAGGUUAGCAAUCUCUUGAAUACACGGUUAGACAGCUUUUAGUAGUCCAUCGGAGACCGUUGACUGAGUGAUCUGACAGCCAGGCCGAAUUGAAGCCAGCAGUAGCUGUCAGUGCGCGAAUCAAAGUUCCUAGCUGGCUAACUAGCAUGUUCGGCUAGUGGGGUUGGUCAGCAAUCAGGACUGGUUUGUAAUAUUCCAUUCGCAGCCAAAACCGAAGAGACCUUAUUGAUGUUACAAAGGUUAUUGUCAAAUAUGAUAACCCUUGAAAGUUGUGAACCUGCUGGGACGGCUUGUCAGCUAGCAUGAUGCUAAUGCUACUUUGGCGCUAGGCUGUUUGCACGGAUCGAGAAACAUGGUGCCUUUGGAUAAGUGAAGAAGAGAGACAGGGCACCAAAACCAGUGUGGACAGGACUCCGGUACACUGGUUGCGGCUACAGUCUGAAGCUGGACCAGAGGGACCCACCCAGACUCAGAAGUGGCUGACCACAGCCCAAUUUUGAACAGGAACUGUGCUGGCUGGCUGGCUGGUCUCAGAGCAGAACAGAGAAGGACGCCCCUGAGGAGGUUGAUGUAAAGGGGUUGUUGGAGGCUCUGUGGGCAUUCUACUGAAAUGUCAAUCGGAAGAGCAGAAGGGAUGUCCAUCGCCCAGGCCUUGGCCAUGACUGUGGCUGAGAUCCCUGUGUUUCUCUACUCCACCUUUGGGCAGUCCAUAUUCUCUCAGCUGAAGCUUUCUCCUAGUCUGAAGAAGGUGCUGUUUGCCACAGCUCUGGGGAGUGUAGCCCUGGCCCUCACCGCCCACCACAUGAAGAGACGCGGCAGGAAACGGAAACAGGCAACAGCUGUGAAAGAUGAGCAGAAGCAGGUGGGAAUACCAGAGGCGUUGAUCCGGUCAGGGAGACCGUCAUCUCUGAGGAGAGGUGGUCCGUUUCCCGGGCGACAGAUGAUGAGCCCCAGCACACGGAGCAACGAAACCAUGAGCGGCAUCUCUUCACUGGCUCCCAGCAAACACUCAAGCUCCUCCCACAGCAUAGCCUCUAUGCGAGUCCCGACUUCUCCGAACCAGUCGGCCAAUCCGUCGACUCCCUGGGAGGCAGAGCCUGUGGAGGAAGAGUCGGGAGCCAUGGGGGACGCAAACGCAGAGAACCUGUACAUCAUUGGUAUGGAGUUGUUUGAGGAGGCCCUUCAGAAGUGGGAGCAGGCCCUGAACAUCCGGCACCACACCCACUCCAAUGCCUCCAAAGCCAGUACCAGCCUAGCCCUGGAGGGGGCAGCGGCCUGCCCCAACCUGCCCACGUCUGAAUCACGUAACAAGGUCUUUGCCGAGAAGCUGGAGACCCUCCUUCACAGGGCCUACCACCUACAGGAGGACUUUGGCGCCACUAUUCCCCCAGAUAGCCUGCUGGCAGACUUUGAGAGUGAGGGAACACUCAUCCUGCCAAACUUGGAGAGUAGAAUGCGUGAAGACGAUGCCACUACAAUCACUUCUGACGAUUCCUUCUUCUCAGCAGCAGAAUUGUUUGACAACCUAUCUCUGGAGGUGUGUCAGCCUCUGAGGCCCGCUGCUCUUUACGACGAGGCUGUGUCAUUAGUCCAGAACGGCAGCGUGCCCUGUCGAGAGCUCCGAACUGAGCUGCUAGAAUGCUACGGUGACCAAGACUUCCUAGCCAAGCUUCACUGUGUGAGACAAGCCUUCCAGGUUUUGUUGUUGGAUGAAACUCACCGGACGUUCUUCAUGGAGACCGGCAAGCAGAUGAUCACAGGACUCAUGACCAAGGCAAACAAGAGUCCCAAAGCUUUCCUGGAAACCUAUGAGGACAUGCUUCUCUACACCCAGAGAGAGGAGACCUGGCCAGUCAGCAGGAUGGAACUGGAGGGGCGAGGGGUGGUGGUUAUGAACUUCUUUGACAUCGUGCUGGACUUCAUCCUGAUGGAUGCCUUUGAUGACCUGGAGAGCCCGCCCUCGUCCGUUGUGGCUGUGCUCAGGAACCGUUGGCUCUCUGACAGCUUCAAGGAGACGGCCCUGGCUACUGCGUGCUGGUCCGUUCUGAAGGCCAAGCGGCGUCUGUUGAUGGUUCCAGACGGCUUCAUCUCCCACUUCUAUGCCAUAUCAGAACAGGUCAGCCCCGUCCUGGCCUUUGGCUUCCUGGGGCCCCGACAGCACCUCAGUGAGGUGUGCACCAUCUUCAAGCAACAAAUAGUGCAGUACCUGAAAGAUAUGUUUGACCACGACAAGGUGCGCUUCACCUCGGCCCAGUCGUUAGCCGAGGACAUCCUGAGCCUGUCCCACCGCCGCAGUGACAUCCUGCUGGGCUACCUUGGCAUUGACAGCCUGCUGGAGCCCAAUGGAGCCCUACCCCAAGGAGACACAGAACCGGGCCCCAGCCCCUCCAACCACCACUGAGACAUAAGUAGUGUUCAUUUGGGAUGUUAUGAAAUGGGGAGGUAGUACAUGAAUUUGUCCAAUAAGAACAUUGAUUUUCAUUUUCAGUUAGAAAGUGGUUUGCUACUGUGUGGCAUAAUGAAUAUGACCCUGUAUCUGACUUAGCUGAGCUGGAAUGGACUGGGUUGGUCAAAGCCGGACUUAACAAGCAAGAUUUAGGAGGGUUGUUAAUUCACAUGCUGGAACUGCAGCAUCACCCAGUCAGUCUGUGGUUCUACACCCUAAACAUAACAGCCACCAAAUCGAACAGAACCCGACUUGUAUUGGUCCUUACGUGAAAGAGGGAUGUUUUUGUUCUAGCUCUCCUCGUACAUUUUAUCAUCUGAGUUGAAUCUGGAGUUGUUUAUCAGUCAAUACUAGUUAUCCCUUUUUCCAAAUGUGUGAUGAACCAACAACCAUCCGGCAAGAAAAUGUUUGUUGUUUCUAUGUAAUGGAUGUACAGUAAGUGUGUGUUCUGAGGCAGGGGAUCCGAACCGAUCCCCUCUAUUGUCCCGACACCCUUGGCCAAUUUGAAGGCGUGCCCUGGGACAUGAUGCUGCAGGACUUGUUGCUUCCGUCUCCUCUAUCCAUUGAUUGAUCAUCCCUUUCAUUUAUCGUAUUUAUUCCAAUAGUGUUAGGUGCCGCAUUGAUGAAAAAAAGCACCUAUUCAUUCAAGAGAAUGUCUAAUACUGUACAUAAGGUCAGGCAGGGCAUUGGACAGUCAUUAACUUGUAUGUACAGAAAAGGUGCACAGAUAUUCCUAUCUUGUCCUCAUACUUAAAAUGGUCAGUAUCGAGGUACUGUGGGGGUAAAAAAAGAUGCCAAGCAGGGGCAUACCACCCCAGAAAUCCUAAUAAUAUACUGUAGCAUAUACCUCGGUGACGUGUGACAAUGCAGGCUGAAUUUAGGUUACGCUUGGAGAACAGGAAAUACACUACCUUUCAAAAGUUUGGGGUCACUUAGUAAUGUCCUUGUUUUUGAAAGACAAGCACUUUUUUGUUUCCAUUAAAAUAACAUCAAAUUGAUCAGAAAUACAAUGUAGACAUUUAUAAUGUUGUAAAUGACUAUAAUAGCUGGAAUCUGCUGGUUUUUAUUGGAAUAUCUACAUAAGCGUACAGACGCCCAUUCUCAGCAACCACUCCUGUGUUCCAAUGGCACGUUAGCUAAUCCAAGUGUAUUAUUUUAAAAGUCUAAUUGAUCAUUAGAAAACCCUUUUGGAUUGAUGUUAGCACAGCUGAAAACUGUUGUUCUGAUUUAAAGAAGGAAUUAAUCUGGCCUUCUUUAGAUUAGUUGAAUAUCUGGAGCAUCAGCAUUUUUGGGUUCGAUUACAGACUCAACAGUGAAGAGGCGACUCCGUGAUGCUGGCCUUCUAGGCAACGUUCCUCUGUCCAGUGUCUGUUCUUUUGCCCAUCUUUUCUUUUGAUUGGCCAGUCUAAGAUAUGGCUUUUUGUUUGCCACUCUGCCUAGAAGGCCAGCAUCCCGGAGUCGCCUCUUCGCUGUUGACGUUGAGACUGGUGUUUUGCGGGUAAUAUUUAAUGAAGCUGCCAGUUGAGGACUUGUGCGGCGUCUGUUUCUCAAACUAGACACUAAUGUACUUGUCCUCUUGCUCAGUUGUGCACCGGGGACUCCCACUCCUCUUUCUAUUCUGGUUAGGGCCAGUUUGCGCUGUUCUGGGACGGGAGUAGUACACCGCUCUGUCUGAGAUCUUCAGUUUCUUGGCAAUUUCUCUAUUGGAAUAGCCUUCAUUUCUCAGAACGAGAAUAGGCUGACGAUUUUCAGAAUAAAGGUCUUUGUUUCUGGCCAUUUUGAGCCUGUAAUCGAACCCACAAAUGCUCCAGAUACUGAACUAGUCUAAAGAAGGACAGUUUUAUUGCUUCUUUAAUCAGAACAGUUUUCAGCUGUGCAAACAUAAUUGCUAAAGUUUUUUUCUAAUGACCAAUUAGCCUUUUAUAAACUUGGAUUGCCAUUGAAACACAGGAGUGAUGGUUGCUGAUAAUGGGCCUCUGUAGAUAUUCCAUUAAAAGUCAGAUGUUUCCAGCUACAAUAUUCAUUUACAACAUUAACAAUGUCUACACUGUAUUUCUGAUCAAAUGUAUGUUAUUUUAAUGGACAAAAACCAUUUCUUUCAAAAAUAAGGACAUUUCUAAGUGGCCCUAAACUUUUGAAUGGUGGUGUAGGAUAUCAUGAACUGCUUUGCCAGUUCUGAUGAUUGUUGUCGAGUUGUGUCUGCAUGAGUGUGUGAGUAUACGAUCGAGUGAAAUUCUUAUUGUCUGUAAUCACGCUUUGUCUGUAAAAAAAACGGUGAUACCGGUAUUUACCGCACCUUAACGGAGCAGGAUGAGAUUUUUUAAAAUGCAUUUCCGCUGUUUUUGAGAAAAGCAUUGUUUCUGAAUAGCACUUCCCACUAAUAUUCCCACAUGCCCUCAACAAAAGACAGGAGCGAUACUACCUUACAUGUUUGAAUUCACAGCUACCUUGUACUGAGCUCUGUCACACAUUUUGUUGAAAUGGGGAUUGUCAAUGUACAUUCAAAUGUUGUGGUAUAGUAUGCGGUUAUUGUGAUCUUGAUAUAAGAGUUCAGUAUAUUGUAGCUGUGUAUUCAGAAUCUGCUUUGGGGCUGUCUUGUUAGCCUGGAAUCCAAACUGUGAAAUCCAUAUACAAAAGUAUGUGGACACCUUCAAAUGAGUGGAUUUGGCCAUUUUAACCACACUCGUUGUUAACCUGUGUAUAAAAUUGAGGACACAGCCAUGCAAUCUCCAUAGACAAAAAUUGGCAGUAGAAUGGCCCAUAAGGAAGAGCUCCAUGACUUUCAAUGAGGCACUGUACUAGGAUGCCACCUUUUCAACAAGUCAGUUUGUCAGAUUUCUGCCCUGCUCGAGCUGCCCUUGUCAACUGCAAAUGCUGUUAUUGUGGAGUGGAAAUGUCUAGGAGCAACAACUGCUCAGCCGAGAAGUAGUAGGCCACACAAGCCCACAGAACGGGUCCGGCGAGUGCUAAAGUGUGUAAAAAAAAUAGUCUGUCCUCGGUUGGAAUGAGAUGUUCAAGCAUGUAGUGUAUAUUGGUGAAGUGAAACGAUGAUGAAACGGAACAUAUCACUUUGGAUUCCAAGCUUCCAAUUGGCUCAUUCAUCCCACCUCUUCUUCCCCAGAUCUUUGCUGUAAAUGAGAUUGUGGUCUCGGUCAAUUUACCUGGUAAAAGAAGGGUUAAAUAAAAAUCGAAGUCUAACUUAAUACCUAUUACUGUUUAUGGAGCUUUUCUAGUAACCAGUAGAGUUUAAACUUUUUUUUUUGGCACAUGAAAGAUCCUUCCUUUGCACUAUAUUGGAAAACAUACAUUAACGCUCUUUUAACCCUUUAUUUUGUUAAUCAAUAGUUGGAUAGGUCAUUGGUAGGUCUAGUUUUAAAAUGUUCUUGCGCCAUGAAAUGUACUGAUGUUAUUGGAUAUAUUUUAACAUGAGUAAAUGACAGCAAGGUUGAGGCUUUUUCCCUAGAAAUGGCAUUAUUGAAUACCUAUUGUAAGACUGGCAGACAUUGUGCCAGAUGACGUAUUAGAUUGAAUUCUUGGUUUUUGUACAUGUGAUUUGUUGGUCUAAUUUGGGCAAAUUAUCUCUCAGACCUACAUUUGAAUCAGAUAUUUCUAUUGUGUUACUCAAAUCAAUUGAGUGACAAAUGAAAACUGCCCUGCCUAUUUUGGGAUCUCCUAGGCUCCAAUUACUAUGAAAAGUAUAUGAAUUGAUCAAUACGUAUCACAUCCCAAUGGGAGAUUAAUGUAAUAGUUGUGCGUUACUGCUCGGAUACCCAAAUGGUGGCCUUUGGGUUGUGAGAUUAGUUUACUUUUCCUUCUCGGUUGAACCAACAAUCAAUCUAUAUGUAGUAUCAGAAUUGCACUAUCCUCAACAGCCUUUGCAUGUGGACUCUUGUCAUACCUGUACUGCUUUUUGCAUCUUGUUAAUGUGUCCCAUCAGUUAGCAUAGUGUUGGAUUGCAUUAGAUGCCCUGUGACUUCCUUUUUAAUGAUCAAUUAAUCUUAAUUACCAGUAAUUGUGGUAUCAAAACUAGGAAAAUGUCAAUGCGGAUUUCGUGAAUGUUUAACUGCAUAAUACUGUUCACUCUGUACUGUAUGGAUUAUACUUCAAAAUUCGGCUGUAGGAACUCUUAUGUAAGCUGAUGAGACAGGCCAGUUAACUCUUUGCUUAUUCAAUCUUUUAAAAGUCUGCAUUAUACGACAUUAGUAGGUUUAUGAUUUCAAAAUGGCCAAAGAGGAGAAACUUCUUACUCAGUUAAGUAUGAUGAAAUGACUUGUUGUACACUACAAGUGUCCUAUUCAUGCCUUUUGUGUCUUUUAUUGUUGUGAAAUUACAAUGCCAGCACAAACUGAAAGUUUUAGAAUCUGCAUAUUGUUUUGUUUAUUCUUAUUAAAUUCUUUCAAUUAGA